UGUGUGCAUGCAGGCACGGUGCGUGCGCCAGAACGGGAGAGCGUGCUUAUUUAGAAAGAGCAAACGGGUCGUUCACUGUGGAACGCUCUGACUCGGGAAUGUAAACGGAGGGAUUCUUGACAGCUGAAGUUGACAUGAAAUCAAACGAAUGAAACAUUCAAAAAAUAAAUAAUUUUUCGAAUUUAAUAGAAUUUCUUUUGUUGUAGGUAUAGUUUUGAUUUUUUUUGUUUAAGUGGCUUAUUUUAAAUUUUAUUUAAUCAUAAAACUAUAAUCCUCACGCAGCACCAAGCAGAAAUCAAUAAAUUCGUAGCGACUGGCAGCACUGCCAAAACGCGCAUCAAUUGUCAACAACACAUGUGUUUUGGGGCGACCAACCAGCGGCAUUUGUUUAUUCGAGAAAAGUUUUGAGGAGUGAAUCGUUAACUAAAAAGAAACGAUUAUUUCAAAGAUUUUGUGACGUUCUUUGACAUUGUGAUUUUUCAAACAAUGAAAAGAAACGGAAGUAUUAUUCUCACACAAAAAAAGAAAAGGCAUAUUCAAACCCAUUCGGACGAUGAGGAUGACGAUCGCCUAUACAACAACGAAUCUAACGAUGCCGGUCAAGAGCACGAGGAUGAGGACGACGAUCUAGCCGAUGGAAGUGAGGAAGAACAUGUUUCGGACGAAGAGGAUGAUGACGGGCAGGACUCAAAUGAGGAGGAGGAGGAAGAUGAUGAUGUCCGGAUGGACUCAAAUGAGGAGGAAGAUGUGGAAGCCGACGGUGCGAGUGGCGAAGGCGAAGAGGGCAGUGAGCAAAAUGAUGACGGAGAUGAGACCACCGAAGAAAGCAGCACUGCCAAAAUUCCAACCCCGCGCAACAAGGUGAAACGAGUGAAACCUUUGGUAAAGACAAAGCAAAAGAAAACGGGCGUAAUAUACAUCAGCUCCAUUCCAAAGCACAUGAAUGUGACGAUCCUGCGAUCGUUGCUGGAACCGUUCGGCGACCUCGGACGCAUUUUCCUGCAACCGGCUCAGAAAGAUGGUCAAACUCGGUUGAAAACGGCCAGCGGGAAGUCGGCAAUGAUUAAGUAUACCGAGGGUUGGGUAGAGUUUCUUGAUAAACGCGUGGCAAAAGCGAUUGUGCCGAUGCUAAACAUGCAGCCGAUCACGAACAAGAAGAAGUCAGUGUUUCGGGACAUCCUGUGGAGCAUGAAGUACUUGUCAGGGUUUAAGUGGGUCCAUCUGAACGAGCGGCUAGCGUACGAACGGGCCGUGGCCAAGGAGAAGAUGCGAGAACACAUACAACAGAUUCGCAAGGAAGCUUCGUAUCACGAAACAAAAGUGCACCACAAAGAGGUGGCACUGAAAAAUGCCGCAAGGGAGAAGAAAGGCAAAAAUAAAAAGCAAUAAAUAAAAAUCAUUUUGUUAACGGCAA